CCGUAGCGUCCGUACGCGUCGCUCCGAGCGACACAUUAUAAUACAACAAAAUAAACCACAAAACCUUACAAUAACCACAUAAAACUGAAUCGUGACAGUGUUGUUGUGAUCCAAACAUGUUCAACGUCAACAUAAUGUGUUAUACCGGCGCGUUGUAAUAAUCUAACUAUGCUUUUCGCCCGACACUUGGUGAAUAAUGAUAUGUAACAUUUUGUACCCUGAUAAAUCGUUUGUAACUGUGCGUUUUAACUCGAAUAAAAACUAUACAAAAGACAUCUAAAAUCCAAUGGUGGUGUGUUAUGGUGUGAAGAAGUCAUGGCGCGCCCGCGUACCGCCCGAUGCAGGCCUACCUCGCGCCACUUCCACAAUCAACCAGAGCUGCAGAGAGGCGGCUUCGGGCUCAUGCUCAGGUGGAUCCUGUUCGUCUGGCUGGCCAGCUGCGGCCCGCUCGGGAACACUGUGAAACAAGACGGUUGUUCGUUCCCAUCGCGCUGGUACGGCCGCUGGUUCCAGUCUGGCGUCAUCCAGUCCAUCGUCAUCGAGGGCGACCGCCUCUCCAACAAGGGGAAGUGCCUCUCCUCCGAGGGGGACAAGUUUCUUAUAGUUGAUGAAAAAGGGUGUUACCGGUGUGUGGUGAUGCACGAAAAACAUAAAAACGUAUUGCAGUAUAAAGAGACAUUCUGUCACCGGCGCGACGCUUUGCCGCAUCUGUGUUCGCUCAUCACGGGCGACGCGCUGCUCUAUUCCAUGUUCAGAGAAAAUGCUGACCCGGUGGAUUGUCCGCUGAAGGCACCUUUCUCUUUUAGUUAUAACAGAGGCCAUGGAGACUGUGUGUAUCCAAUAUCCACGAUAGAGAGUUGUACAGAAGACUCCAGAUUAUUGCUCAAUUAUCAAGCCUGUCCUGAUAUUCAUGCCUCGGAAAGCGCCGUGGAGGAGCUGGAAUGCCUCGCGACGUGGAAGGAGGGCAGCCUCAGAUACCUGGUGGGGAAGCUGCACCACAACCACGCCACCAGCAACGAGGACCGAUACCGGUGUUUCGUCUACGAGAAGACAAAUGGUAUUGCGUCCACUGGCAUCAAAGAAGAUCCAAGUUCUACUGGUGAUGUGGAAUACAGAGUGGCUCAGUCAGGAGACGCUACUUGCAACGGUCUGUCCAGCGCCACCGAAGGGUCGAGAACCAUGGCUCUUAAACGAGUAUCAGUCCGAUUCAACUGCCAAUUCCCGUCAUGGAUGACGUUCUCCCACACGUGGCACACGCUGGACUUCAGCAGCAACUAUACGUUCUACCAGCGGAACGCGACCCUGCGCAUCACCAACCAGACCGGCGCUGACAUCAAGGUCUACUGCGUCAAUGUCAAGGCCAGCUCGCCGAGUGGUAACUCCGUCGCCUUGGUUGCGCAUUGGCAACAUCAUUGCGCGUCCCGCUACGUGUGCGUGGUGCUGUACCGGCGCGACACGUACAUCGCGGAGCUGCAGCGCGGCACGCCUACCUCCAAGCCGGACGACGCGUGCUCGCCGCACCACUUCGACGCCGUCACCGCGCCUUACGUCACUUUAGUCGCUAGCAACCCAGAAUCGAAAGAUUGUCCAUAUUCUGGGAAAUACAUAAUACAGAACAAUCGGCACAGACGAAGCGUCAAAUCAGAGCGAAACAGAACGAAACGGGAGAAGACAAUUUUGGAACAUAAUCGUAGGGUUAAUGGAAGUAGGCUGUUUAACUUUAGCGUAGGGAACAUGUCGAGCGCUCCCAUGUUGAGGAGUCGGAGGCAGGUGGAGGAGGUGAGCUGUAUGGUCAACGGCUACAACAGGCUCGAGGUCGGCUGCAACUCACCUAAGAAUAUGGAAUUCUACUCAACUUGUGGCAAUAAGGAGAUUGUUACAGCAUACACAUGCCACGGUGGGUGGUACGAGGAUGGCGCGUCGUUCGUGGUGACGACACCGCUGCGGCGCGACAGUGCUGCGGCGCGGCGACAUUGCUUCGUGUCGCGCGACGCGCGCCGCUCGCUGCGGCUGGAGCGCUCGCCCGACAACUGCGAGCGCGCCGCCACUCGCCCAGACCUCGUGCUCGACGCUGUGCCUACGGGAGAAUGUCAAGACCAGUCGAACGCACAACAUGCCCUGAGGAUACCAGCGCAAUUUAUAUUAUCUCUCCCAAUUAUCAUACACUACAUCAUACCGAGAUGAUUCAUAGUGUGAACACAUUAUUUAUUAGUCUCUUUGACCCCUACCCUUGUAAUUAUAGCUAUAUAAUGAUAGUAAUGCUUAGGAACAAAAUAGGCGAAACCUUUAAACUAAGUCUUCAUAAAAAUCAUGCUAUUGUUCUUAUUUUUGUUGUAUAUUUUAGUUUUAAUUUAUUUACUGAUAUAAAUUAGUUAAAUCAAAGUAUCUCGUAUAAUAGAUAGAUCAAUAGCUUCAGGUAUUCGAUAUUUCAAAUACAAUUACAAAUUUAACUUUAAUUUAUUGAAUUUGUAAGCACAUUUAUAACUUAUUUACAAUAGCACUAAAUGUGAUAUCGCAUAAUUUUAAUGCUUGAUUUACCUAUUCAUAAGUAAUUUUGUAAUGAUGAUUAUUUUAACUGGACUGCAGGAUAAUAUUCAAGUCGAUAAAUUGGAUGAAAAGUCAUUCUGUUUUUAUGAAUUCAUCCAUGUAUUAUCCGAAAACUACCGAGGCUGCCGGCAGCCCCUUCAGUGCGACUAUAAUGCGCAUGGAAUAAAGUCUAUUUUUAUCAAUCCAUUUUUAACAGCACAAAAAUAUAUUGCCGAUAGCCUGUCAAUACAUUAAGGUAUAUAUCGUUACUAAGUGCACUGUUGUAAACACUCUUAUUAAACAAUUAUAUCCGUUAGGAUUAUUAUCUUUGCGUGAUCUAUUUAAAUCAACAAUAAUUGUUUCAAAAUGUUACGGUUUUUUCUUUGUUAUGAUUACGUCCACGCUGUAAAUUUUAAUUAUAACAGUUACUUACAUUUUGUUAUUAAAUACGCAGAUUAUUGAAAAAAUCAAAUAAUCUUUGGAUUUCGAAAAUAUUAUUGAUUAAUUUUCGCGUAAUAUGUAAAUGAUCGAAACGUUGCCCCUACAAGACACGGUGGAGUGCGGUACGCGAAUGGGAAGACAAUUUCCCGAAUCUCCAUUAAUCAUUGCCCGUAUAACAGCAAAAAUGCUGCAAGACCCUGACCCUGAUCAACCUGACUUCUUCGGGUUGUAGAGAAAAUUGUCUGUAGUACCUUUCACUGGCGAAUAUACGAGUCAAGGGAAGGUAAAGAUUUUUUAACUUUUAUAAAAAAUAUCCUAACACACUUCAAAUAAUUAUUUAUUGAAUACCUAAGCCCAGUUAAAAUAAUCUAAUAUACUAAUCGAACAACGAUUCAUCGUAUUAAAAAAUGUAACUACAUAUUUCGAUUAUUAAGUAUAUUUUCAUUGAUGUAGGAGCCUGUUGUAGAUACGCACAGUUAAUCGUCACAAAACAAUUUUAAACUUCCAAGUUACGUCAUACGAAUUGUAAUUAAAUAUACAGAGACAUUUUUCGAUAUUUUUUUUUCGUUUAUGUUGUUUUCAACCAUUCAGUUUAAUAUAAUAAUUUAGGUAAGCUAUAGACACAAACACUUCAACGUCAAGGAAUUUUCCUACGUACAUAUUGUCUAUGUUAUGUUAAACUGUUUCAUAUUUAUAUUAAACAAUACUUUAAAUAUAAACCAUCAACAACUUUUAAGGAAUGCCAGGUCACAUAUGUAAUUUAUUUCAAUAUAACUUUCUUCGUGGGAUGGAAGCUGCCCAACUAUGGGGCAAGUUUGAAAAAAAAUAUGCUAUCGUAAAAAAAAGAGAACUAAAUUUUGAAAUUAUUAUUACAGCACUAAAAUAUUAUUGCUCAGUGAUCCAGCUAACCAACCAUAGACAAAACAUAGUUGUUACUUUUUUUUACAAUAUAUAGUCUGUUCAGAAAGAAAGCCGUCGUGGGAUUUGAGGUCGCUACUUGUGCUUAAUUAACUUUUUUGUUUAGUUUCGGUAUAGUAUAAGAAAAAUCCCAAAAACAAGACGCAAUAUCAUUUAUAACAAAUCAAAACGACAUGACAAAUAGGUUUAAAAUUUAUCAAAUGGCGGGGAAGGGUUGCUUUGUAAAAAUAGUAAAGUAAGUUCACCUUUCGACCACAACGGCUCUCUUUCAAAACGAACUAUACCUCAUAUUUGUAGAAUGCACAAACUUGCCCCGUCCUCCUAUUGGAAAAUCUAAAAAAGGCUAUUCAACUAUCUAAAUGUGAACAUAAUUCGGAUUACACGAAACCGAUACAGCCCCGGAUCUAUUGGGGGGAGGGGGGGGGAGCAAGCCGGGGCCCGUGCCCCGGGCGGCGAAUACACGACUCAUAAUUAACGCAACUUUGACUACUAAAUUAUUUCCCGCGGGCGCGCGUAAUGAUGAUGAUGACAAAGUUAAAAAUAUAGAUAGUCGGGGGCGGCAUUAUCCAGAUUUUGCCCCACCUCCAAAAAAUUCAAGAUCCGGGACUGAACCGAUACCUACCUAAAUAACUUUACACUACCUACAUGUGCCUAAAUUUCAAAUAGUAAAUAGUCGGUUAGUGAGAAUUUAAUUUCUUUAUAGUCACUUUUGAUGUAUUUAGUUAGACGUGUGUAGUUUGCUUAUGUAUCUCAUUUUACAAUUAUUCACACUUACAUAAGAAUAUAACGCACACAAUUACAAUAUGUACAAUCAGCCACUAAAGUUGAACAGAUUCAAUACUUCUAAACGUUUCUACACAUUAACUUUAAUUGAAUAUUAUUUUUUCUUUAUCUAAAAUAAAGUAAACUCGUUGAAGUUUAUUUUAGUGAAUAAAAACGAUUGUUGUUAAGGACACAAAAGUUUAAAGACGGCUUGAAAUCUUGUAUUUGCUCACCUAUUUUUGUGGCUGACUGUACCUAUGUCCUGCAAAUACAGAUUUUAAAAUAAGGGGUUAGUCUCACUUAACAUUCUCUAACUGACUGACAUUUAAUUGUUUUUUCUUUUUUUAUGGAGCUAUAAUUACAUGAUUCACCACUCAAAUAUUUAGGAGACAGAAAUAAUAUGCAUUUAAUUAAUCAAUGAUCUCCUGUACAAUUUUAAUAUAAAUACUUAUAUUUUCAUUCUUACAAAGGAACUUUUGUUUUACUUGUUACACACCUACUCAGGUUCAUAAUAAUAUAAAGUAGGAUUAAGUAGAAGAUCGCUUCGUAAGUUGAAAAUGUUUGAUAGUGUCGAUGCGAAUGGUUGUGAAAACAAAUGUUUCUUGUUGCAACAGUUUUAUACUUAGUGAAAAUUUCUAAAUGUGUAGAAUUAUACAAAAUUAUUCUGGUUCUUCUGAGCUAUGAAACAGAGGUUAAAUUGUUUUCACUGGAGCUUGUUCAUUAAAAUUAUUUUGUAUUUUUUUAAUAAGAUAAAUUUAUAUAAUUUUGAACCCCUAGAAUAACCAGUAUAAUUUUGAAUAUCAUUAAAUUGUCUUUAUCUGCGCACUUUUAAAAAAUCCCCACCGUUUUUAAAUCCCAGAAAUAACUGUUAUAAUGUAACGUGCAAAUAGCAGAUUGUGAUAGCACAUUAGAUAUGUACCUAUAAAAACUUCUAUCCCAGCUCCCCAAAUCCGUUUAUUUGUAUCAAUUGUCUAUACAUUUGUUAGCACUUUGUCAGAUUUCUCUUGUUACGUACAAAGUAAAAUAAUAUCGUAAGGGCGGAUCCAGUACUUUUUUUAAACAAAUUUAAUUUCUUAAUAUUACUUUUUUGUGAUUUUGAAAAUGUAUCUUCAUUUUGUGGUAAAUACGUCAAUUCGUGAAUAAUACAUACUUUCGAUACGACGAAGUUACGAAAAUCAGAUAAAACUAUUAAUAAAUUAAAUUAUUUCCAUAAUUACAACAAAGCCAAUCUCCAGUUGAGAGCCAAGUAAACUUUUCUAAAAACUACCUUGUUUGAGGAAACGCAUUUUUUAUGCACAGAAUUAAUGUGAGUACGAUAGUUUCGCUUCGUGUCCGAUCUAAGUAAAUAAAACCAACGAGCCGUCGCAAGACUCCUGCCAGACGUGGAACAUCGAAACUACUUUAUAUAAAAUAUAUGCAUGAAAGGAUGGGUAACACAAAUAAGACAUACCCGUAAUAUACUCAAAAAAAAUGGCAGAAUCAAAAACAGAAUAUUCUGUUCUUAAGAAAAUAAAUCUUUAUUAAAUAAUACCCAUUAUUUUUUAAUUUUUUUUAUAACACAAAUAACCUGAAUCGAAGUGAACAACUAUACAAACGCAAGGUAUAUGAGUUUAGCGCGACAAAGUGGUGACGUGAAUAUUUCCUCCAGCGUCGCCACUCCAAGAGUUGGGUUGAUCUGCCACAUUAGAUGUUUUACAUCAAAUUAAACCUAUAAACUUGUUUUGAUUAAUUUUAUAUUACGAUAAUUAACUGACUUAGUCUGUAAAUUUGUAGAUAGUUAAGGCGUUUUAUUUAUUUGUUGUUUUGCUUAUAAUUCUUAUUCUUAUCUGGCGAAAUUAUGUUCACAAUAGCUUUUAAAACCAUUACACCUGGAUCUCGCCUCUGUUAUUAUCACAAAUUGUUUCGAAUCAAUGAGGCUUAGAAUAUGUACAAAAUCAAUGUAAACAUUUAAUUAUGUAGUUAGAAUAAUUUUAGCUGUGUUUAAGCUUAAUUUAGUUUUUUUUAUUAUCUACUAUUUAAUAAAAUAUGUUAUUGAAAUAGUAUAUGUAAUGUUUUGGUGUUUAUAAACAAAAUUUUGUAUAUUUUGGUUACUUUUGAUUUGAAGAAUUACUGUAUUAUGGACUUUCACAAUAUACAUACAGAAUAAGCACAAUUAACCUAAGACCCCUUAACUAAGUUUCUUUUGAUAUAUUUUUGUAUCUUUCGUAAAAUAAGUACUAUUCAUCUAUUUAGAAAGUUUUUGAGUUAAUUCUAUCCAGAUUAUCAAUCAGUUUUACCAGACACUCGGCCUACUAAUAAACAAUUGUUCACAAUUUAAUUGAUUUAGACGUACCUACCUAAUUAAUUGUGAUUUAUUUUAAAUGUAACACCCUCGAUAAUAAUAAACUUCUAAAGCAAAA